UUGCGCCAGCUGCGCGUGCCACCCAAAACCCGCACCUGCAACCACAUUCUCCACCGCCUUGCCCGCGAACGCCGCGGCGGGCUGAUCAGGCGGCUCUUUGAGCAGCUGCCCGCGCCCAACGUGUUCACGUUCAACAUCAUGAUCGAUUUCCUGUGCAAGGAGGGGGAGCUGACGGAGGCAAGGGCAAUGUUCGCGAGGAUGAAGGCAACAGGCUGCUCACCGGACGUCGUCACCUUCAAUUCUUUGAUUGACGGGUAUGGCAAAUGCGGGGAGCUGGAGGAGGUGGAGAAGCUGGUGGAGGAGAUGAGGAGGUCUGGGUGUGCACCUGAUGUUGUGACGUACAAUGCAUUGGUCAAUUGCUUUUGCAAGUUUGGGAGGAUGGAGAAGGCGUACAGCUACUUUGGGGAGAUGAAGAGGGAGAGAUUGAUGGCAAAUGUGGUGACUUUUAGCACCUUUGUCGAUGCAUUCUGCAAAGAGGGGAUGGUCAGGGAGGCAAUGAAGCUGUUUGCACAGAUGAGGGUGAGGGGGAUGAUGCCAAAUGAGUUCACUUAUACUUCGUUAGUUGAUGGCACCUGCAAGGCAGGGAGGCUUGAUGAUGCCAUUGUAUUGCUCGAUGAAAUGGUACAGCAAGGGGUGCCGUUGAAUGUGGUCACGUACACCGUGUUGGUUGAUGGCCUUUGCAAAGAGGGUAAGGUUGCAGAAGCGGAUGAUGUUUUGAGGUUUAUGGAGAGAGCUGGCAUUAAAGCCAACGAAUUGCUGUACACUACACUAAUUCACGGGCACUUCAUGAAUAAGAACAGUGAGAGAGCACUGGAUUUGUUGAGUGAGAUGAAGCAUAAAGGAAUGGAACUUGAUGUUUCACUCUAUGGCACCCUCAUUUGGGGUCUCUGUAAUGUUCAGAAGGUGGAUAAAGCUAAGAGUCUGUUACAUAAAAUGGAUGGCUGCGGUUUGAAACCUAAUAAUGUCAUCUAUACGACAAUAAUGGAUGCUUGCUUUAAAGCAGGAAAAGAGUCAGAGGCCAUUGCCCUGCUCCACAAAAUACUGGAUUCUGGGUUCCAGCCUAAUGUUGUAACUUAUUGUGCAUUAAUUGAUGGGUUGUGCAAAGAAGGAUCAAUCGAUGAAGCAGUCUCCCACUUCAACAAAAUGAGAGACUUAGGUCUAGAUUCGAAUGUACAGGCUUACACCGCUCUAAUCGAUGGUUUUUGCAAGAAUGGUUCCUUGAAUAAGGCUGUGCAGUUGUUGAAUGAAAUGGUUGAUGAGGGUAUGUCUCUUGACAAAGUUGUGUACACAUCUCUUAUUGAUGGGUAUCUGAAGCAGGGAAGUCUCCAGGAUGCCUUUGCACUCAAGGCCAAGAUGAUCGACAGUGGUUUGCAACUUGAUCUCUAUUGCUACACUUGUUUUAUCUGGGGCUUCUGUAAUAUGAAUAUGAUGCAAGAAGCUAGAGAAGUUCUUUCAGAAAUGAUUGGAAACGGUAUUACUCCUGAUAAGACUGUUUACAACUGUCUGAGAAGCAAAUACCAGAAAUUGGGGAACAUGGAGGAAGCAGCAAGUGUUCAGAAUGAAAUGGAAAGUGUUUUACUCUGUUGUACAAAAGAUGAUACUGCUUCUAGUGGUGAAACUUGAGCUUACGCUUGUACAAGCAUGGCAGCACAACGCUUCUGAUAUUUUCAUCUCACUUAAGUUGCUCAACAAUCUUCAUUAAGAUGCCAAAUUUGAAAAGGCGGGGCAAAUUUCCCAUUAGCUUCAAUACAGAACCGAGCAAACACAAGAGGGUAUUUUGUUGGAGUCUAAGGAGGAACUCAAGUUUUGAAGUGCUUCAAUGGUAUAUCUUGCACAAACAAACAUAAUGACUCAGUUGGAUGUAUUUUAACUUAAUCUCAUAUAUCUAGAUAAAACUGUGAUCUGUUUACUAGCAAUAUUUGUCAUCUUUAAUUUGAUAAGACUUCUAAAUCAUUCUCCAUUGAUAAUUAAACAAUGCUAUUUGUAUUUGAUGCACGUCAAUACCGUUUAUCAUAUGUCCACUGAUACUGAUGCCAAUAACAGAUCACAGUGUGCGUGAAGCAUCAUCAGAAACAGCAGAGAGCUAGAAGAUAACAUUGUAUUUUUCUACAAUAAGCUAUUCGUCAACUGCAGAGUAUUGUCAAGAGUGCACACAAAUCUGAGAUGGCAAGGUGUUUAUCUUCCUGAGAUGAUUAGGGUUUCAUGGUAAUCUAUACAUUUGAUUCAUAAAUCUGUUGACUCAAUCAGAUCCACGCAAGCAGUGACUGAAUAUAAUUAUUUAUGAACCAAGGAAGGAUGCUUUGCAAGUUUGCAUACACUUGUUUCUGGUGUUAGUACAGCACAUGCGAACAUGGGGAUCCUAACUCUGUUAGCGACAACAAUGGAUUACCAUAUGUCGUUCCUACCAAGAUUCUUCAAUCAAAGUGCUAUAAAUGGUACUGGUACAGGGAUCAAAUUGGCGAAGGGUGAAUAUUAUGUUAACAACAGAAACCUAUUGGGUAGAAUAUCAGAGGCCUCAACCGGCUGGUUUCAUCUUUGAUGUUGGUGACAAAUAGCCUGCCAAUUUGACCAGGAACAACCUUUCAUUUAUGCCAACCAUCAGGGUUUCUUGCUCAACUAAUGCAAGAGGUGGUACUUCCAGUGAAUAAGACUAUAGGAGAGGAACAUAUUGGUGAUAGUGAUGUGAGAAACUGGGGAUGACACUAUUGUAAGGAAGAAUAGCAAGGUAGUCAUGCUUCAAUAUUUUUGGUGGGGACUGGUAUAUUGCAGUCCUGCAGGCUGCAGAACAUGGUGGAGCCGUUUUUUU